AGCAUGAUCUGGACGUACUGACCGGAGUACACAAUCAUCUGAUUGGUACAAGCUGAUCGUGGCAAUCCAUACACAAAUGUGGAAAAGGAGGAAGAGAGAGAUCUAGUUAAUAAGUAAUUCCUAGUCAUAAUGCAGAUCUGAACAAGCAAUAUAGUUUCCCAACAGUAAAGACUGUAUCUCAGCUUAAACACCGUCCAGCACAAGUAUGUUGUUUCUUCCUCUCACAAGAAGGAUAUGAAGAACAAGAAGAGUUCUGCUUCACAAGAAGCAGAAGCAUGUCCUUCCAGGUGUCCAGAUAACAGUGCAUUCAAACAACAGAAGCUACCAGCAUGGAAGCCCCGACUUACCACGGCAUCUGUGCUCUCCACUUUCUUUCUCACAGGAGCGUUUUGCCUUGCUGUGGGAGUCUCCCUCAUAGUAGCUGCAAACAGCGUCAGAGAAAUCCAGGUUGAUUAUACAGAUAAAUGCUCAAAUUGUUCAAAACUUCGUGAAAAUUCCUCUAAUUGGAACAGUGAAUGCCUCUGUUCUAUUAAUUUCACACUAGCAGAAGAUAUGCUGGGUGAUGUCUUUAUGUACUAUGGCCUGCAAAACUUCUAUCAAAAUCACCGUCGAUACGUGCUAUCAAGAAGUGAUGAACAAUUGUUGGGUCGAAAUGUAGAUGUUCAGAACUCGUACUGUGCGCCCUUCGCUGCUUACCAGAAUGGAACACCAAUGGCUCCGUGCGGUGCUAUUGCCAACAGCUUGUUCAAUGAUACUAUUGAUCUUUUUUACAAUUCUAACUCAUCUGUUAUUCAAGUACCACUGCUGAGGACCGGAAACAGUUGGUGGACAGAUAAACACGUGAAAUUCCGCAAUCCAGAAUCGCACAAUCUCUCUACUGCAUUUGCAGGAACAGCAAGACCUCCUUACUGGCAUAAACCAGUGUAUUUGUUAGAUGAGGAAGAUGAAAAUAAUAAUGGAUAUAUAAAUGAUGACCUCAUUAUCUGGAUGCGAGUAUCAGCCUUUGCUACAUUCAAAAAUCUUUAUCGUCGUAUCAGCCGGAAAGGGCAGUUUACUGAUGGCCUCCCAGCAGGGAAUUAUACUUUCCAUAUUUCCUACAACUUCCCUGUUACCAAAUUCAAGGGGAAGAAAUAUGUGAUUCUUUCAACCAUGGUAUGGAGUGGAGGGAGUAACCCAUUCCUGGGAAUUGCCUAUUUGGUUUGUGGUGCAGCAGCAACCCUGACAGGUUUUAUCAUAACUGCCAUCCACUUAAAGCUGAGAAGAAAGAAAACGUAUUUUCAGAGACGCUGAUGUUCUCUGGAUUGCUCAGUGAAAGCAAAUAUGUGCUGUGAAUGAAGAACGGGCAGCAUCUUUCAUUCUUUCCCCAAUGCUCUGGAUUUGCUUUAGUAACAGGUUUGGUGAAUGUAAGCAAAUUGAGGGACAGAGCUUAUUCAUCAUCCAAACCCAAACUUAAGCAAGGCUGCAUUAUUAUUAAUGCCUUUAUGCUCCUAAAUUUGUUUCUUAGGAAACUUAUAUUGAGAUGAGUUUCAAACAACAGAUAGCACAGUGGUUUGGAAUUGCAAGGACAGCAAAACUAUGUGGUACUACUGUUUAUCCAGAAGUCAGGGUCUAUACUCAUUUCUUACUUAGGCCUUUGUUGCUGCUGUAUUUCUAUUGACUAAAAUGCAGCUUUGGGUAGGUAAAAAGUGAGAUCUUGGUCCAACAAAGUGCUUGAGCUGGUAGAACCUAAUGCUUAAGCCCCCUUGUUGGCCACUUGCAUGGGCUGAUUGGCUUGGCACAGGUUGUACAAAGCUUUGUCCACUAUCCUGGAAAAGCAGACCAUUCAUUUGUGUAUUAGUGUAGGAUAAUCAUCACAGUUCAGUACUUACAAUAGAAUACAGAUCGUGUUUUAAAAACACGGAGUGUGUUUAAACCCUUUGUUGUGUUGGUUUUAUAUGAGUACCAAGGCUAGCCCACAGAGCUAGAUAGAGGAUGUGAAAACAUCAAUUUAUAUUAAAAAAAAAAAAAAGUGGUUUAAUAGCUUAAAGUAAAGGCUCCUUCAGUGCUAACCAUUUCAGCAGAAUCAUGUAGCUAUGCAGCCUGCCUACUGAAGCCUUCUGUGCAAGACGCUGACACUCAGUGACAUGAAAUGUCCGUUCCCCACUCAAGUCCCCAUUUCUGUGGUGCAGAAGCUCAAAGUCAGUACUAAACAUAAACCAUCAGAAAAUCUGACAACUUCAUUUUCAGGAAAUCAAUGCUGUAGCUGGUGAAGAGACCAUUUUUGUUUUCCAUGUUCAAAGCUUCAGAUACUUUGAAGCAAUUUCCAGAAUGCAGGAAUGACGCAAAAGAAUUUAGGUCAAGAAUAGCAUACCACCUAUGAGUUCUUAAAAACAAUUUUUCCCUGGCAUAAGUGGAAAUAGAAUAAAACACUCUUAAUGAAUUUCUUUGAUAAGUACUGUGUGCCUUACCCUCUUCUCCACCAAAAAGCCCACGCUACUGAGAUAAGGAAGAAAACAAAGACUAGAGCAAGAGAAGAGAGUGUGGCAUAGGGAAGCUGUGUGAUUCUGUCAAGUCUGGUUUGCUGUUAAAGAUGCCCAUGUCUGUCUUUAAAAAUGUGUGCAGCUCUUAGGACAUGGAACUUAGGCAGAUAGACUCUGGUGAAUCAGAAUGCACUGUUUCUUUCAAUGUCUGCUUCUUAAUUGUGCCAUGAGCAGCAGAAAACCAUGCUGCCCUGGUUCAUAGCCUGGCCUGUCAUUACAAGCUUGCUCCACCAAUGUCUUAUGCUGAUUUUCUGGGUUAACACACAUCUUGUUCUGUUCAUCCUGGUCGGGUCCAGUCCCCUUCAUCAGAAAGCUGUGAAAACAGGGUUCCAGGAUUUCAAACCACUGCAUCUAAUCCUGCCAGGGGCUUGGGAGAGCCCUAUCCCUGACUGGACUGGACAAGACAGGGCACAAAAGCAGUACAUUUAGCAAUGCUUAAGCUCAUUAUUCUAAAUCACUUUUAACAAUGAGACAUGCUCCUGAACCUUCUUAGUUGCUUUUGAAAAUUUAAUCCCGUACAGCCCUCUGGAAGGCUCUGUUGGUGUUGCUGACAAAGCUGAAUCAGGACUUAUAGCUCCAAACAGACCACAGGACUCUGUUUCUUCUUUUUUUCUUUUUAAUGCUUUUUUCCCCCCCCUUUUCUCUCUCUGUGUUUUGUUGUUUGUUUUUUUUUUUCUCCCUUUCCUUGUUUCUGUUUUUUUAAUCCUCUGAGAAACGAUAUAUCAUCUGGGUGCUUAAGCCACAGCACAAUUGCCAUUGGUUCUAUUUCUUUAUGGAGUAUCUGGUAAAAAUGUGACUGAACUGAGACUGAAUAAUGAGGUAUGCAUUCCAGUGAAUUGUCUACAAUAAAGAAAAAAGUAUUUAGAAAAUGCAGUCUCGCAAGCAGCAUUGGUGAUAUGUCUGUUAUCUCCCAGAGGUUGGUUCAAGAACCUGGCUCUUCUCUUGAAACGUGAUAUCUUUCAAGUUCUCCUCAAGGAAACCAGUCUUCAAACCAGUCUUCCUCUGUUAUUCUGGAGGUUAAUGAAAGUUCUUUUUCACCUUACCACUACUUUAAACACGUCUUCCAUCUUUAGUGAAUCCUCUGAGUGGUGUCCUUGGCAGCUGCUACUUGAAUUCAGGAAGUCACUGCUGUUUGGUCUAGUAUUAAAUGGGGAGGUUGGUGGUCCUGAAUGUGGCAGGGGAGUUGGAGAUUCAUGAUCCUUGAGGUCCCUUCCAACCCAUUCUGUGAUUCUGUUACUCUGAACAGCUCUGCAGAGCGUCCUGUCAUUUUGGGUAGUACUGCCUGGUCUACAACGAUGGGGAUGGCAGCUUUGAUGAAGUACUUGCAGCAGAUAUGUUUGGAUGGAAUCUGCCUUGCUCAAAAAGACAGAAAACAAAGUUUUAGUACCCUCCCUACCCUGCUUUUUGUGCAGUAUAACCAGUAGUAAGUGAACCUUUUUCUGUGAGAUGGUAGCAUUUGUGAACUUACUGAUUCAAUGCGUAAACAUCCUGCUUUAAGGUUGCUGAAUGAACCUAAGAGCUGCACCUGUUAUGUGUAAAUGAACAGCACUGCUGUGAGUGCUCCAUUGCUAAGCCACUCAAGACUUACUGCCAUGAUCUGUAACAUUUUGGCAUAGCAAAAUCAUUAAGUUGUUCGAAGCCUUUUUCUGCAGAUGCCAGUGCUUCAGAAAACAGCAUAAUACCCAAGAUAUGUAGAUUUUUGCUUUCAAAGGAAAGUAGUCAUGCUUUUCUCACUACUACUUAAAGCAACAGGCAAAUAUGCCUGUUUCUUUCCUGAAAAAGAAAGUAGUCUAUCAGAAACAGGGCCAAAUCACAGUAUCGCAGAAUUGUACGGGCUGGAAGGGACCUCCAGAGAUGGAGUCCAACAUCCUGGCAGAACAACUCUCCUACAGCAGGCUGCACAGUUUGCUGGACCCAAAUUAAUGAUAUCAUAAAUGUUCAGUAUAGUAAUAAGUGGUGUUCUGGUGUGUUAUUUUUCCCCAUGUGUUCCUGGAGCAGAGGAAGAGACUAUUUAUUGCCAGCUUUUACUUCUGAGGAUGUUUAGCAACUGGGGAAUAGGCAAAGAAUUCCUGGUGGUAUACAUAAUCUAAAUUUAUAUGGUAUGCAUGGACUAAAACAGGUGAGCUAAAUGGGAUGUAAGUUCCUGUUUUGUCUUUAAUAUAAAUGUUUUAAUUUGUAUUGUAGAAGGUAACAAUUACACGGGAAAGCAUCUCCUGAAGUUCUGCAGCUCAGCUGUAACUCUGGCAAAAAUAUUUGGGGGUGGAAAGAUCCCACUAUUUUAAAAGCCUCAUGUGCAAUUUUUAAAUCUCAUUUUGAAAUUGCAGAGGGGCAAUAGAGAGAGCUGUGUUUCAGUGUCAGAAAUUUUCGUGCUGCUUUUGGUUGCUAACUCUCUUUAGGACUGGAUUUCAUGAGUGGUAUCUAUAUCCAUAGAGGGAGGCGUAAAACAGAAGUAGGAAUUACAGGACAUUUCAGGAGUACUUCAGAUACAGAUUCUUCAUUCUUCAUACCAUUUCACACGCGUACAUCCAGGAUCUGUUUGCCAUGGUGCGUUUUUCUCUCUAAACACAGAUAUUUGCUUAUCUCAUCUGGAAAUGAAAGGAUGGAGUCUUCAUGUGAAACAGCUGAGCACGAUCGCAGACCUAUCGAGUCUGGAAAAAUUAUUUACAUGUUGAAUCUGUUUUGUAUAAACAGCUCUGUUGCAUGGAGAUUCCUAGUAAUAGUAAAUGGAUGGAGCACCAUGUGUUUUAAUGAUGCAUUACAGUGUUAAAAAUCAUUUCCUUUUUCUGAGGAACCAAACUGAUGGCAGGGUAAAGACAGGGAAGGCACUUCAGGAAAGGGAGGGCUUGGAAAAUCAGAUAAUAUGCAGAGAGGACUGCAUUUCAGUUUGGAUUUAAGUUUUGGUCUGACGUAGGAGAAAGCAGCUGCUUCACUGAUCAGGUGGUGCUGUCUUCCUUGAGAGCAGUAUGGUGGGAGAAAGUUAGUCUGAGAAAAAAGCUGAGCUGCUUCUGUUUGCUCUGUGUCCUGCUCUCCUACCCCCUCCCCCCAGGCUAUGGGAAACCAGGCAAAGAAAGCGCUGGGUCUCAUUUGGCUUUUGCUUAAAUUUCAUGAGUGUGUGAGAAAGUUUUCUUUCUUUCCCUAUGCAGCUGACUGGAAGAGGAAAAGGACUAUGAGGCUAAGUAUGGUCCAGUGUGGGUGGAGGCAAUAAUAAAUGAUAUCAAAAGGUAAUUUCCUUGCAAGUUCAUAGAAUCAUAGCAUGGCUUGGGUUAGAAUGGACCCUGAGCAUCAUCAAGCUCCAACCUCCUGUCACAGGCAGGGCCACCAACCUCCGAGUUGCAUAUCAGUUGGGAAUCAUCAAAAAGCAGAAGCUGUCAAAUGCUUUUUACUUUUUCUGGCUCCUAUAAGAUGUAGUGAUCCUGAGAGAUGAUUGUUUCUGUUACUGCAGGAGAAACUGUUUAAUUAUGAAGUCUUUCUUGGGCCCAGGAUUAGACUGCUAGGCUUCCUACUGCAAGGCUGUGUCCUGGAGCCCUGGGAGUGUUGGAAUUGGCAGCUGGGUCCCGGGCUGGUGGGCAUUCAGCAAGGUGACCAGGGGAGCUGGCUGAGCUUUUACACUGAACAUCUUCAGCACCUGUCUCAUAUUGGAAACAUCUUGCUUGGUUGUUUCUGGGAGUGUCUUUCUCCUUCAGAAUUGGUAGCUCACAAGAAACUGCUUGAAAUGUUUUGGUCCAGAUCAGAAGCAUUGUGUAAGAAAUCAGAAGCAGCUGUAAUGAAAAGACUCUGGUACCCACAGAGCAUGUUGUAUGUACUCUGGACAAACGUGCUGUGUGAGACCAGGUGGGAAAUGGUCAUUCAGCUACGCUGCCACUCAUUACAUCUGUGCAUUGAAGAGCCUGAAGCCAUGCCUUCAUAUCUGAAGCCAUUAACAAAUAAUUUGUGAAAGAAGGCUCAGCUAUCCCAACUUAUUUGCCUUUUUCCCUGUGAGGAUUCUUUUGUGUAAUGAGAAGCUGUCCCAUUAACAGCUCUGUCACAAUACUGAGGGAUUUGGGUCUGAAGGUUUGGUUAAGCAUUCCAGAGCUUUCUCUAAUAAUUUAUGUGAAGCACUGGGCUUUCCUCAGACUAUGUUAUUGCUGACAGUGAACCUGAAAGCACUGUAAAAAGAACAGAAAGAUGGAGUGGUUUAAAGGAGAAGGGAAGGAAGUAGCAUCCAACCCUGCCCAUAGCCCCGGUUGUCACAAGUUAGCCUUUGGGGGUCGUGUACUGAGCUGCUGUUGCUGCUGCUGAGGUACAAUGGAGCAGCUGCUAUUUGGCAGUGCGGAGAGACAUCGCAGCAGCUCAGGACAAUAAUAAUAACAUCUGCAGCUCAUAACAGCCCUCCCUGGCGGGUGUGCCGAGGCAUCCGGCACAGCAGCAGGGGACAGGCAGGAUUUAGCGCUCGGCGUUGGCAGUACUUCAUCCUUGUGGGUGGCAGGGUGGUGUGAGGAGGUGGCAGUCCUGUGUGGGCUGGCUUCUGCUGGCUGCUACUAGGAUGUCUGAGGGGAGGGAGGGCCGUCCGGAAGGCGUUUGAGAGCUCUGUGGGGGCAUGAUGCUGAAUGCAGGGUACGCUGCUGGGAUGUCUGCACAACUUAGCGUGUGUCAGAGCUCGCUUAGGUGGCCUAAGUGGGAUGUAAAGAUAAAUCAGAGUGGGAGAGAAGGUGAGGGUGCAUAACUUCAGAAGACACCAGCCUGUUAGGCACUGUCAUAGCUUUUGGCUUUGUCGGGAUUUUGAUUGAAAUGGAAUGUCCCACGCGGUGUAAGUAAAUAGGCUGCAUUUUAUUUGCCUUGAAGCUUACCUGUUCUGUCAGGAAUUCUCAUAUCCACCAAAUUAAGUGAUAUCAAUUGUGUGGUAGAAAGAAAUGAAGUAUAAAUGUGUCAGGUGUAAUUUUAAGUGUAAUCUAAGUAAUCUAAGAGAUUGUGUUUGAGAAUGACUUUGAUUCAAGAAUUAUUGAUUCAAAAAUGUUCCCUUCCCAGAGGGUGGGUGUAAUUUUAGUUUCAGGAGCACACCAGAACUGACAGAGUUGCCCCCAUUGUGCACCCUGGGCUCUGACUCUUCUGUAAGAGGCGGACCAGUAGCUCUCAAGCAAACAGGACUUCCUGAGCAUGUGGUUUUAAUGCUGCCUUCACUCUGGCUGGGUCGUUUCUGCUUCAGGUGGCUUGUUGGCCUGAUGCUGGUGCUGAAUUACCUCCCUAUCAAGUGGCUCUUCCACCUGUGAAGUGUAUAUGAAACUU